GACCUGAGUGCUCUUCGUAAUUUCAUCCUUGGCACAAUGGUCAUAAAUUAUACCUGUAUAAUGGACGCAUAUACCAACUAAUCUUCUUUUGACUAACAACCAGGGGCAUGAGGAGUUAACCUUGCGGGUCGCUGAAACUCGUCAAGGAAUCAGAUACACCGUAAGCGCAAGUGGUUGUUUCUGUGUGUCUUUGAAUUACCACGAUCACAAAGCAAGGACAGACCUAUAUAUAAGGGAGAGUAUAAAGCAAGGCACUUCCCUCUGGAAAGAGUUUGCCACAACAGAGUGCAUCUUUUCCACCAUGGUUGGGAUUUCCAAGGAACAAUGACCGGCCUUAGAGCAUACAUUUGGAUGAACAUGACAUUGUAAACGGAAACUCUGAAAUUACAACGUUUUCACACUCAAGCUCAACUUGACAUUCGUUGAAAGUCUAGCACCAAGCCAGUGUUCGUCAACAUGUCCAAGAGGUACUUGUUUUAUUUGAUAGUGCCAAUUCUAUCAGCGGCGGGGAUCCUGCUCUAUUUUGUUGCUGGGGAGAUGCUGCCACAUGCCCCUUUUGUUUGGAGCUACCGGGGCCCAUCCCCAUCAGACAACAAGUUAAAUUCGGGAAUCUUGCGCCAUUACACCAAGUCGAGCGACGUGGAGCAGCCAUCCUGCAACUGUUCUUGUGUGGCAACGGACUCCAUUACCAGAGCCUACUCAAUUGGUCACCGCGCCACUACACCCUCUAAAACACCUCUGCUAGAUUCGUCUAAGCGCCAGAACCCUGUCGGCCACGAUGUUGACAUUGGCACCAGACUAUUUGACGCCAACUCACUGGGUAAUAAUAUCGUAAUCCAAGCAGCGAUGCGGACCGGGUCUUCUCUCGUCGGUGAGGUAUUUGGCCAAAACGACAACAUCUUUUACCUCUUCGAACCUGGUAUUUCCUUAGAGAACGAAUUCGCUUUAAACGGAACUGUUUUUGUACAGCAGUUAUACGUCGAUAUGUUGAGUUCGUUAUAUCACUGCGAUAUCACUUCUCAAGAUUUUUACCUGAAAUGGUUGUCACGCAAAACUCAGAAUCAUGUUCGGAAAGUGGCUCCGCGGCUGUUUGAUUCAUUGUGCCCCCAAAUGAAACCAGGAGGCUCGGGGCACAGCGUGUGUGGAGCUGUUUUACCCAGGCAGUUUAUGCAAGAAUGUCGAGCGAAAAGAACUAUUGCAAUCAAAUCUGUUCGCAUUUGGCACAUUGGGAUGUUUCUGCCUCUGAUACAAGACAUCAACGUGAAACUCAAGGUCAUUCACCUCGUCCGGGACCCGCGUGGUAUGACUGCAUCGCGAGUGCCGGCCAUGAAUGUCGUGAAGGGGACUCACCACCGUCUAGCGUCCAACUCUUUCACGGAAGAAAUGCGCGAAUAUCUCAGGCGAUUCUGCUCCCUGAGUCUGGAAAACAAAGAAACGGGCUGGUACCAUCCCAAGUACCGGGACAAUUACUUACUGCUAAGGUACGAGGACAUGGCACUGAAUCCAGAGCGAGUCACCCAACUCAUCUACAAUUUCACAGGACUCGGUGCGGUCCCAGAGUGUGUCUCUAAAUGGAUCGCUGAAAAUACGCAGACUUAUAAGCCGGGAUUAUAUUCAACCACUAGGGUGUCAAGUAAAAGGUAUCAAGCCUGGCGUACUACGUUAGACUUCAAGACCGCAAAAGCCAUCGAAAAUGUUGGACGUUGUGCAGAGAUGAUGCAGCAUUUUGGAUAUCUCCCCUUGCAAAAUGAGUCGCAUCUUAGGAAAUUAUCGUCUUCUUUGGUUGUGCCAAUUCCUCCGCCUAGCGGUUCCCAGAAAUAUAAAUCAUUCCGAUUUGCAGUUUGAUUGGGCAUUCACACAUCAACCAUCCAAGUGCCGUGUCAAGUUUUAAGAUCUGAAGAUCCGAAUUGGAUGGCUAUAAAUAGAAACUGUGUUUCCUUGCUGUCUCUGCUGGUUUUUUAGCGUUGCAUUCGACUCUUCGUAUUUGGACCACAAAAUUGAACUAGUUGAACUUGGAAUCGGAUAUUCUGCCCCAAUCUUUGCUUGCUCCACAGCUGUUUAUUCUAGACACUUUUCCAUUUGUCGAAAAUAGCCAGACUUAUUUUUCACAGGGUUCUACUAAUGAUACCCAGCCUUACAUCUCAUUUGGCUUAGAUUCUGUUAACGACAAACGAUUUGUCUCGACGUUUAAAGGGCCAAGACAAUUUUUUUAAUGCAGUUCUUGUAAAUACCUUUAAUGAUGUAUGUUACCUGUUUUAAAUUUUGGCCCAGCCUUUUUUUUAGGAAAGUCUGGUACCUUUUCUUUGGUUUUGUUCUAAAGCAAAUUGAUACAUUUAUCAACGUAAGUGUGAUGGUGUCUAAGGGAGAAACUUCAAUCCUUCAAGUCUUUCUGAGCUAGAUUUUGUCCAAAUUUGGGGUACAUUUUGUUUACUUUGGUGAUUCGUUAUUUCGGUUAAAGACAGAAAGCCAGUGAGCAAAGUUUUCUAAAAAUAUAAAUAUUUUUUUCAUUUCCCCUAAAAGAGGGACUUUUUAAAAUUUUUGUUCUCACGAAAUAACACA